AUUAUUCCCUAGGUUUGAAAGGAGGACAUGUGGUCUGUGGUCUCUGCAGUGUUCUAACCUUAAAUGUAUUCCGUUUAUAUUCUAACAUAUUAACUUAAAAAAUGACCAUAAUGCCCAAAGUAAUAGAAACUAACGAUUCAGAAGAAAGUGUUGCAAGUAGUGAAAAUGAAGUAGAAUCUGUUGUAUCAGACACUGAUAAUACUCCCGGUACAACGAAUGCAGGAUGGGCGGACUCUAUAGCGAAAAUUUUAAAAACAAACAAGCCAAAAGGCAAAAAAACUUUAGUUUUAUCCAAAGCAAAGAAAUUAACAGAUGUUAAAAGAAAGAAAACGGUACCUACUGGGUUUGAAGUGGCUACUGCAGAUGGAGAUGUCAAACAAGAAGAAAUUGAAGUUGAGGAUAAUGAAACUAGUGAACAAUCAAUUAAACGAAAGAAACAAGAGCUGCCUAACCUGAGGGUGAAACCAAAUAUUUUGGAGAAAGACCGGGAAAGAACGUUAUCAAAAAUUGCCACAAGGGGUGUAGUUCAGUUAUUCAAUGCUGUCAGAACACAACAAAAAGAUAUUAGUAAAAAGUUAGAUGAAGCUGGGCCUUUGGAAGUGAGAAAAGAGAAAGUUUUAAAAAGUAUCGACAAAAGAGCAUUUUUGGACGUGUUAAUGGGAGAAAAAUCACAAGUUGUGAGUGAUAAAGCUGACAAUAGCAUUCAGAAAAGUGAAGAAUCAACUUGGAGUGUUUUACGCGAUGAUUUCAUGAUGGGGGCAAAAAUGAAAGACUGGGAUAAAGAGCUUGAAGAAGAAAUGGAAACCGAGCAACAGGCUGAAGUGGAGUCUGAGUAAUUUUUUUUGUAUAAAUGUAAAAUAAAAUUUUAUAUUUGAAAAUCUC